AUGCGGUCAAGGAUUGAAAACAUGGACGGGUUGACGGGGCUGGAACAGGGCUCGUUCAACAACGCGGCAUCAUCUGGCGCUGGGGUGCAAGAUAGUCAAUCACGACACGAGGGCCAGCAAGAGUCUCCACAUGCCGCCUUGUUUCGAAUUAUGUGCGUGUACCAAGAGG